AUGCCGAGAAGACGCGACAAAGAUGUGUCAAGCCGGGCGCGGGCGGUCUGCGUGCGAUGCCACAGUCGCAAGGUCCGCUGUGAUCUCGAGGCGCGACCAAGUGGAAUUUGUAGUAGAUGCGAACAUGAAGGACGGGAUUGCCAUCUGCACAUUGGAUCCCGCAAACAAAAAUUAUUUCAGGUGUCACUGGCUACGCCUAGCACUCAUGCCUCACCGGUCCGAGUAGACCCAAUCACACCUCUACAAUUGACGCCUUCGUCACUGAAUGUACUUGGAAACAGCAUCCAUCAAAGCUCUAUGACAAAUCACGAAAGCUCAAGUCAUCCAUCGCAAGGCAAUGGAGCCAACGAGGCGGAUCUUAUAAUACAGAUAACUCAAGCAGCUCACUGUCCGCCUACUGUCAUUUCGCAGGCCCUUGCAGACUUCUAUUUCAACGAGCUCCAUCAUUUGGUUCCUGUUCUAGAUGUGGGACAAGAAGAAUUGGACAGUUCGCUUCUGCUUCGACAAUCACUGUGUUUCGCAGGCAGUGUCAUGCGUCGAUCUCCCGAGGGACCCACUGAAUGGUCCACAUCGGCGAUCUAUAAACGCGUCAAGACGUUGAUUUCCUUGAACUAUGAUCCAGAACCCCUCAAUGUUCUGAGCGCGUUAUGUAUAAUAGGUUCCUUCCCUAUGCAGGAAGGCUAUGGCGUCGCUCUAGAUAACCCAUGGCAGUGGAUCGGAAUGGCAAUUCGCCUUGCUAUUCAGUUGCAGAUGCAUAGCGAAAGUGCAAAUGUGCAGUUCGCACACCCAGGAAGAAUUAGGAGGAUUUGGUGGUACUUAUUCAUAAACGAUACCAUGCAAAUGGGCUGCUCGGGACGCCCGGGAAUGUUUCCAAUUCACGAAUGCGAUGUACGACUAUUGACAGUCGCCGAUUUCAAUACACCAAACACCGAGGCUCACUUUUUUUGUGAGCUCACUUCCUUGUGUCAGAAACUCAGAGAGGUUCUACAAAUGGGAAAGAUCGACAAUGCUUCGGAGACGCAGGUGUUUGAAAUGCUUGGAUCGCUCAGGAUCUGGAGAGACAACUUGCCAUAUGAGUUACAUCUUUUCGAAGUAACAGAGAUCAGAAGAAGAUAUAAUCGAGCGGCCGCUGAGCUUCAGAUAUUCUAUCUGGUGACCAUAAUUCUAACCUGCUUUCUGGGUCGUCGAGAAAACAGCCCGUUAUUAAAAUGCGCCUCCAUUGUUGCAUCGUCGUGUAUCUCACGACUGUACGAGGAGAUUCUUUACCACGAAGGCACUUCAUUUCUCCUGCCAAUACACGCUUGGGCAAACCUGGUCGCUUCAAUACCACGUACAUUCAGCAAAGAUGAACAGAUUCCGAACCAAGUCAAUGAGAAGCACAUUAGCCGUAUGGUUCUGGAGAAAAUGAGCGAGAGACAUCCUUCCGUGUUGUUGGUACAGCGGCGGAUCGAUGAAAUCGGCCGUACAGAGGCGAGCGCAUUCAGCGCGUCUGAUACGCCUCCUGAUGCCCCAAAUACGGCUACACCGUCUACGGAGAUGACGCAGGAAAUCCUUUCUCUGUUCCCUUAUCCGUCGAGCUUUUGUCCGACUCUAGAGUUAUUGGAACCUUACGCGAGUGGAACUGAGCAGUUUGACCUAUUCUCGGAUCUUCUUGUGGAUGUUAAUAGUUGGGAUUGGCCUGUGGACUGGUCCUCUUUUCUGUUCUAA